CAUUGAAUGCGAUCAAAGUAGAGAGAGAGUAAAGUGAAAAUCAUCUGCCACACAGGCAGGUGGGAUGGGGGGGUAUACUGGGGUUCUUGGUGAUGGAAAAUGUGCACUGCUGAAGGGAUGGGUGUUUGAUCAUUGUAUGACCAAGACUUCAGCUUUGUAACUGUUCUCAUGGUGGUUCAAUAAAUAAAAACUGAAAAUAAAAAAAAGAGUAUCAGGAGAGGGGCAGGAGCAACAAUACAGCAGACAAGGCACCUGACUUGCAUGAAGGACCCAGAUUCAAUCCCCAGUGCCCCACAUGUUACCUCAAGCCCACCAGGAGUGAUCCCUAAGCAAGAAGCCAGGAGUAAGCGCUGAGCACCAACAGGUGUGCCUGAAAUCAAACUAAACAAACCAACUAAAAAAAAAAAAAAGACUAUCAUGAACAGCUUUUUAAGGGUUUAUCUCAAUGAUUCAAUAAUAAAAAAAAUUUUUUGAGGGUCUCUCGCUCUGGGCCUUCACGGCCAUCACUGCCCCUUCAUCGGUGCUCGCCCAUCCCGCUCGCUGCCGUCCUGGGCCGCCUGAAGCCAGGUGGCAUCGCCUUCUAAAGGUGGCUUUGGGGGCUGGGCCUCCAGCGCAGCACAAUGUCAGGCCUCGAGACCGCCGGGUGAAGCCAAGGCCACGGCCGUGGCGCUGGGUGGCGGCGGCUGCGGCCAGUCCAGGUCGAGUCCGCUCAUGGUGCCGCCAGGACGCCAUCGCGGGGCAGGAAGGCCAGGUGCGCUGACUUCUUCACCUCCUUUUGGACUCUGCUCUGCCAAGUUUUCAGGCCUGGCUCUUGAAGACCUCAGGAAGGCCUUGAAUAAGUAUGUUUUCACUCAGUACAACAAACCAUUCUUCAGCACCUUUGCAAAAACAUCUAUGUUUGUUUUGUACCUCUUGGGCUUUAUUGUUUGGAAGCCUUGGAGACAGCAAUGUACAAGAGGAUUUCAAGGAAAGCAUGCAGCGUUUUUUGCAGAUGCUGAAGGUUACUUUGCUGCUUGUACAACAGAUACAACUAUGAAUAGCUCUUUGAGUGAACCUCUGUACGUUCCUGUGAAAUUUCAUGAUCUCCCAAGUGAAAAGCCUGAGAACACAAAUGUUGAUACUGAAAAAUGGUUUUUGUCAAAUUUGUCAUAUCAAGAAGCACUUUCAGACACACAGGUUGCUAUAGUUAAUAUUUUGUCUUCAACUUCUGGACUUUUUACUUUAAUUCUUGCUGCAGUGUUUCCAAGUAACAGUGGAGAUAGAUUUACUCCUUCCAAACUAUUAGCUGUAAUUUUAAGUAUUGGAGGAGUUGUGUUGGUAAAUCUGUCGGGGUCUGGAAAAUCUGCUGGAAGAGACACAAUAGGUUCCAUUUGGUCUCUUGUUGGAGCCAUGCUCUAUGCUGUUUAUAUUGUUAUGAUUAAAAGAAAAGUAGACAGAGAAGAUAAAUUGGAUAUUCCAAUGUUCUUUGGUUUUGUAGGUCUGUUUAAUCUGCUGCUCUUAUGGCCAGGUUUCUUUUUGCUUCAUUAUACUGGAUUUGAGGACUUUGAAUUUCCCAAUAAAGUAGUAUUAAUGUGCAUUAUCAUUAGUGGCCUUAUUGAAACAGUUCUCUCAGAGUUCCUGUGGUUGUGGGGCUGCUUUCUUACCUCAUCACUGAUAGGCACACUUGCACUGAGCCUCACUAUACCUCUCUCCAUAAUAGCCGAUAUGUGUAUGCAAAAGGUGCAGUUCUCACGGCUAUUUUUUGCAGGAGCUAUCCCUGUAUUUUUUUCAUUUUUUAUUGUAACUCUUGUCUGCCAUUACAAUAAUUGGGAUCCUGUAAUGGUGGGGAUCAGAAGAAUUUUUGCCUUUGUAUGCAAGAAACAUCAAAUUCAGAGGGUUUCAGAAGAUAGUGAACAGUGUAAGAGUCUCAUUCCGAUGCACGGUGUUUCUCACAAGGAUGGAGCUAGUUAGCUGCCGUUGUCUGUAGCUCAGAGAAUGGAACAUUAUAAAGUGAAGAGACAAUCUCUGGCAAGAUUUUUAGGAAAAUGUUUCAGUGCCUAGUCUGAAAAUAACAGCUUCAGUUCUUC